GAUUAUCUCUGCAAGGCAAAUCACUCUUAGCUACUGAAACUGAUCUACGGUCGAUGGCGUUGUUAGGUAUGAAAUAGCAAAGCCUUGUUUACCAUUUUUUUGGAAGUGAUUCAAACAGUUUAUGUUUGUUUCAGCAGCAGGUACUUUGGACCAAUUCCAGAGAAUAUUAUUUGCAAAGCCAAGCGUUCUCUUAAGACUUAACAAUGGCACAGAAAAAUAUCAAACCUUGUAAAUAAGCGGGAAAAAAAAUAAGCUCGAUAACUUUUGGCGAACUUAAAAACAAGGACAACUCAGGUAUCUUUUCCGCGGAAAUUGGUCUCCUGAACACAAUUGGGAGCUACCACACUCACUGACAGUACACUUAAAACGUUUUCCAUAAAAGAACCCCAAAAUUACUUAUUCCGAAGGAUAAAUAGGAUAGCAUUAAUUUUUAAAAAGCCUCAAAGUUGUAGCGUCUUACACGUACUCCGAGAAGAUCUACGGCAAUGGACACACAACUUGAAGACGAAACGCCCUCAAAGGGUUGUAUCACCCUGUGCUUUGAACGUAUAUUUCAAAAGUUGAUCGAGUGCACGCCGAAAUACAUGUACUUCAUCUUGGCCGCUGAUGGUUGAACUGUAGCAAAAUCGCCUUUGUUAAACAGCUAGUUUACUUUGAGCUUUGAGUUAAAAGGAACCUUUGGAAGUGAAUGCAGCUGUCGCGGCUAAACCGUGUAGAGAAAAUCGUUAUCAACAAUGGCCUUACGACUUCACAACACGAGACUACUUGAUGGCGGAAUCUGUUGUUUUAAUUUCAUCUUUGAGGAGUUUUCCAACAUUGGAGCGAAUGUGUAUUCGAGGCCCUUCUUUUUUGCCGGAUCUCGGUGGCGUUUACAAGGUGGAGUAAAGGGAGGACAGUUUGGCGUAUUUCUCCGCUGGCAUGGAGGUGGUCAGCACACGGAUAAAGUUAAAUGCAAAAUCCGUUUCUCUGUGGAAGUUAUCAACAACAGAGACCCUUCAAGCUCUGUGCGAGCUGGAAAUAUGACCGAGUCAGAUGAGUUCCCAAAAGUAGCCUUCGGCAUCGGCUGGAGCAAGUUGCUUCCAGUGGAAGAAAUCGAGAGGCCAAAUUCGGGCUUUUUGGACGAUAACUCUUUGUUCCUGGAAGUCAGAUGUUGUAUGGUGCACUUUUUAUUUGAGGAUAAAUUGGUGAUCAAUUUGUCAUCUCGUACUAGUUAUGUGUCCAGUUCAAAGUUUUCUCUGUAUGACGAAGAGUGGUACCUGGUAUUGUAUCCUAAAGGAGAACCCAAGAAUGACAAUUCUGUGAGCCAAAAACAAGAGCAUGCUUCCGUGUAUCUUCACAGAGAAGAACCAGGCGUGUUAAGAUUCAAAGCUACUUAUUCCAUAUUUGUGCGAGGAAGCCGCGAAGUUCAAGUGAGCCAUCAUUUUUGCAACAACAACGCCAGCAUAGCAUUUGGCAUUGAGAAAUUUGCUCGCACUAAAGAUCUUAAGGCUGUCUCUAAUGGAGGCUUGGUUUCCAUCGGGGUCAAAAUCACCUCCAUUGAACCUUAUUAUUACUUUGGGUUUGAGACACAAGGUUGGUCGCCUCCUAACAAUCUUGGAGAAGGAUGUUCUAUAAACGACGUGUUCCCUUUGUUUCUAAAGCCGUGCUCGGAUGACAAGAAAAUGUUGGAUUUUAGCCUGAUGUUCGACCCCGGGCCAAAAUUUGAACAUGCUGAACUGGAGGACAGUGCUUACUACAUGAAGAUCCUUUGGAGCGUCAAUGUGGUGUGCAUUAAAGAUUUCAACAGAAGUGUAACCGUCAACUCUUGGGAUAUUGCUGGUCAGAGCGCUUUCUGUUACAGCCAGGAUGAAAUGACGAUGAAUACAACUCUGAAGCUAAACGAGGUGUUAAACCCAUAUAGUCCGUACUUGGAUGACGAAAAGAAUUUGGGUGUUCGCUUAGUCAUCGUAAAUGCCAAUGAAGUUUACGAUCCACUUCUGAUCAACUCUGACAAACACAGUGUGGCAAAGUUGAGAGAAAUGAAGGCGCAAACAAAAGCUGCCGUGGAAAAUUUCUGGAAGGUUCAAUUAGACGAAGUGUAUUCUGAGAAAGAUAGAGUGAUAGCUGACAAAGAAGAAGAGAUCGCAACCAAAGAAGUGGAACUUAACCAGAAGGAGGCAGCUAUCCAGGCACUAGAGAACGAGAUUACUGAGAGUAAUGAGUACCUGGCAGAAAUUGAGAGCACUGUUGAUGAGAUUGACGGAAAGAAAGUGAGCAGUAUAAAGGAUCUCGUACAGGAGGCUCAACCACAUGAAGAAGAAAUUUCUAAACAAGAAGAAGUUGCAGAAAAAUUGAAAGCAUUUUUAAUGGAUAGCCUCCCAUUCAGUGUCAGCCGAAUUUUAGUUGUUGGAGCAGCAGGACAAGGAACAACUAUCAAAGGAUACAAGGAAGUAGAACUGGCCGUGUUUGUCAAAGAUCUCCCCAGAACAGAGCAUAAGAGUUGGUUGCCAGCCAUAGUUUUCACUAUUAAGACCCUGCUGAAACAAGAAGGAUCUAAACCAACUGAGAGCACAGAUGAAAACCAGAAGAGUUCAUCACUGCCUCCAUGUUCAGACUUUGUGACAACUUCGGCCUCUGUCAAGUUCAAAUGUGACAGUGUGGAUGUAACACUGGACCCAAUCAAUGAUUGGGAGCAAAUGGGGGGAUACAUUGGGUUAUAUAAACAGUGCUUUUCCCAACCAGCAGAUGCUCAGCCAUUAUUUAUCACAACAGAAUCGUUGCUAAUUAGUGUAUAUUGUAGUGUGACCUGCAAGGACUUGAUCCGUAUUGUCAAGGUGUGGAGUAAUAGUGUAGCCUGGCGGAAUACCUCAUCCACACCCAGUCAGUACUUAUUGUGUCUGCUAGUCACAGCAGCUUAUCAAGUGGUUCAUGAGGGAGGUGAACAGUCCCAAGCAGUAAGAGCAGACAAGGAUGUUUUCUUGGAACUUGCUGACAUGGUUGGAGAUGAAUCUUUGGAAGUCUACUGGAAUGAAUAUUACCUGGCAGAAGAAUAUCCCAGGGAAAAUUAUCCAGUUCCAUUUCAGUUCCCCAUUGUUCAAGACCCUGCCAUUCCAACACAUAAUGUGGCAUCUGAUGGACUGGAAGACUGGGCACAAUUCAGGAGAGAACUGUCAAAAUGGGUUGCAAAAUUAACUCUUUAGUACUCUACAAUGAUAUGUUGUAACAUUAUUUAAUGAAUAAGCACUGUAAAUGUUUUUGUUAUCUUCAGAAAUAUAAAGUUGGAGGACUGCAUGUGGUAAUUAAUGCUGACCAUGAGUUGACAUGAAAAAAAAAAUCUGUAUCCUUAAGAAAUAAGAGAAAAGCACCUAUAAUAAGGAAAUACUUUGCUUCAAAAAGCUUUGCCAUAGUACUUUGUGGUUAAACCCUCAAGGAAAGAAUUCUUUUAUAGUUUCUAGUGAUAAGAAAAUAAAUACUGAAAAGACAGUAAUAAAGAUGACUAGGGCUAAAAAACGUCUUAAAUUAUUUUACCUAUGGAUUUCAUUCAAAGAUUGUUCACUAUUAAUAACACCACUUAUACAGUGAACACAAGGGUAAAAAAUUAAAUAAAGCAGCACAGUAACUCUACAUUUAGUACAACAGAUUACUUUUACCAUUGUAAUUCAGGGCCUUCUUCUAGUAAAAAAAUUUCGUUUUUACAAAGACGUGUGUCUACUUGAUAAAAUUGUGAUUCCUUUAUAGAUAAAGUAUUGAAAUAAUUAUGAAUUUAUACUGCCUUGCAAUCUUUCUCAUUAUUUCGGUUUAAGAAUUUUGAUGGCUGAUUUAUUUAAUAAAAGGCUUUUCUUUUGCUGGUUAACAGAUCUUAUACUUGUGAACUGACAUAAAACUUCCCGAUUCGUGUAAUUAUUGAGUGGCAAAACAGCAUCCAAAUUCAUUUCUCUUCUACAUCACUUCUCAU